UCUGUGUUACAUUCAGCUCGCGCGGCGCGUCACAGCAGAAGUUCUUUCACUCUCUCGCGCGUCUGAUCUACUGAAGAUCUUCACCGGAGAACAUCAUUGAAGUGAGUUAGUAAAGUUUAUCAAGUGAAGUUUAUUAGUCAGGUUAGUUGUGGUGAUCUGGAGUAAGACAUGCCGCAGCUGAACGGCGGUGGGGGGGAUGAUCUCGGGGCGAAUGAUGAGAUGAUCGCGUUUAAAGAUGAGGGAGAUCACGAGGAGAAGAUCCGCGAGGAGAACGCGUUCACGAGCGACCUGGCCGAUCUCAAAUCAUCUCUGGUGAACGAGUCCGAGAUCAACUCCAGCCCUGCUGCUGCUGUGAUCAGAAGAGGACACACAGAAGAUCACAGAGUUUACACUGAUAAACGACAACAUCUGGAUGAAGUGGCAAAACAUCAAGAUGGUGGAAUGUACAAGCCGGCGUAUUCCGGAUACCCGUUUCUGAUGUUACCUGAGUCGUAUCUGCCCAACGGACCCGUCUCACCGUCUUCCAACAAGGUGUCGGUGGUUCAGCAGGGAAUGCAUCCUCUGACUUCUCUUCUGCCCUACGAUCACUUCAGUCCCAGCCCGACUCACAUCCCCACUGACAUCAGUCAGAAAACAGGUGUUCAGAGACAUCAAUCACAGGAGAUCUCCGGCUUUUACUCGCUGCCUCAGGGUCAGAUCACUCCACCCAUGAACUGGUCCAAUCAGCCCGUCUAUCCUCUUCCCUCCUGUGGUUUCCGGCAGUCUUUCCCCUCCAGCCUCCAGCCCGGCUCAUCUUACCCCAGGUUUUCUCAUUCGCUGAUGCUUCAGUCGGGCAUGCACCCCACAGGCAUCCCACACCCAGCCAUAGUGCCCCCUUCAGGCAAACAGGAGCAUGACCAUUACGAGAGGAGCAUGUAUCUAAAACCUCAUCCAGAAGGAAAGCGCGAGAAGGAGCCCAAAAAGACAGUAAUAAAGAAACCGCUGAACGCCUUCAUGCUGUACAUGAAAGAGAUGAGGGCUAAAGUCAUCGCUGAGUGCACGCUGAAGGAAAGCGCCGCUAUCAACCAGAUCCUCGGCCGACGGUGGCACGCUCUGACCCGUGAGGAACAGGCUAAAUACUACGAACUGGCCCGGAAAGAGCGACAGCUCCACAUGCAGCUCUAUCCCAGCUGGUCUGCCCGAGACAACUACGUGGCAGGAGCAGCUUUGCCAAACUGUAGCCCAGGUGGAGAGGCAGAGGCAGGGCCACAGGGUAAAAAGAAGAGGAGGAAACGGGACAAACAACAUGACUCCAGCACAGAUAACUCUCUUGACUGUUCCUAGGAGGAAAAAGAAGUGCAUUCGAUACCUUCAAAGAGGACUCUGCGCCAGCCCCCAUUCUUCCGUUGGAAGCGCUAUAGACUCGCCCCCUUCAGCCGCCUCUCCCCCACACUGCUCCUCCUCUUGCCCCGCCUCCCCAGUCAGCCGCCCCUCCCACCCAGCCAGACUCUCACUCGACCUCAACAGAGUUAAAACAGAAAACACCAGACAUCAGUCACAAUGAAUGACAUCCAGACGCAUGCUUCCAUCACGUCUCGAAAAAACUCUCCAUCCUUCAGCAUGUCGACAGUAAAAAUGAAAGCCAUCUGUGGGUGACACAUCUGACAUUUAAAACUUGAUUUUCGAAGAGUGCGCCCAGGUGAAACUUCAUAAAAACCAAUCUAGUAGUUUGUACAUUCUUAUCACGAUGCAGAGAUAUGAAUCUAGUUUGUUCUUGAUUUUCUGAAAACGUGUAUGAGACUGUUGCUGAUUGGGAUGACAUCACUGGACUGUGAGGAGGAUAAUCGUCAUGUCUCUACAUCAAUGUAGUCAUUGUCAGUUCUCAUAAGUGUUGUAAAAGGUCAUCUUUUAUAGAUACAAAAAGCCACCAAUAAACAACUUUUAUAUGUUUUUUGUAAAAGAAAAGAAAUACAUUCCUUUGCUAUUCAUACAAGUGCCAUUUGAUAGCUUUUGUUGUGUAGAUGUGUUUUAGUGUGCCGUGCCUGUCACACAUUCAAACAGUGCUGUAUGAAACCAUGUUUAUCCAGAAAUCAUUCACAAUUCUCUCAGGUCUUUUUUCAAACAGCGGCAGCAGCGACGUAACAUCUUCAGUGUUCACGAACAUAUGCCACUCCAUCUCAUCUUUUUGCUUUUCAUGUGAUAAUCAUUUAGUUUAUUAAAAUAUUUUUAAAAAUCUUUUCAAUAGAGUUUUUUCAAGGAUCAGGGCCCAAGUUCUGAUCGUAAUUGAAUUUUUUGUGACUAUGGACUUAUUUCAGCAGCUGCACUUUCAAAACAUAUGUUUGGAGCAGAAUAUUAUUAAAUGCGUACAGUAUGAAUCUUCCAACUUUGCAAUGAACAAGGUCUUGAUUAACCACAGAUGAAACAGAAGGGGUAUCAACUUUUGAUAUUUCAGACAAAAAAUAAGUAUAUCAGGAGACCACUUUCUAAGCACAUGUGCAGUACACUUUGUUUUCUUUUAUGAUGAUUAAAGGUCGACUAUUGUGCUGGAGUCACGAGUAAGCUGCACAACCGUACAUGUGCUUCUGUGAGUGUAUAUUGGGGUGUGCAAAAAAUAUAUAUACAUGUGAACCCCUCUACUAUUGAUACAUUUUUCAAAUAAUGCCAUAUACAUAAGGACAAAAGUAAGUGAAAGCAAGGUUUGCUUUUAAAAUUAAGUCAUGGAGUAAUGAGUUAUAUAAAGUAAAUGCUGUUUGUAAGCUUCGCAAAUUAUGACCCACCAAGUCAUUUGUCCACUGCAGUGCGUUAGACAAAAAGUUCAUUUCAAAAAGUAACAAUGACAUUUAUUGUGCUUUCACGGAUGUGACACCAGCACAUUUACUGCACGGGUGAACCAGGAGUUUGUAAUGCCUAUGUUCAUUGUUUUAAAUGAAAUGCAUCACAACAGCCAAUUGAGCUAAUUGAGGAACCCAAACAUCUGAUCUAAAGGUCCAUGCAUCCCACAUCAUGGCCACUCUGCAGAGGUAAGAGGUGUUUUUAGACUUCUCCUUAUAGAAAACCCCCGGCGGUGCACAUCAUGUUUUAUUUCUAGAUCUACUUUUUACAUUUUCUAUUGAAAGUACUGCAAUAUAUCGCAAAUGUGUACCGUAUCAAAAUACAUAGCAAUAUAUCUUAUCGUGAC